GCAUAUUUCACAGGCACAGACCCAGCUUAUGCUCAGGCUGGCACACAGAACUCACCUCCCUCCUCCUCUUUCCCACCACCAUCCUGGGUCAUGAGGGAACUCGUGGCAGGAGACGGUAAAGAAUGAUGGGGUGCUGGUCACCUCCCCAGAACUGGCAUCGCCCAGGCUGGAUGAUUGUGCUGCUGCUAAUGACUACUUCAUGUUUACUGUUCCCUGUAUUUAAGAGCAUUUUGUGCCACAUUCAUGCUGCGGUCACAGGAGGAUACAUCUCUGGGUCUCACUCCCUGGCUUUCAUCAAUUGUCCAAAUGACCAGGUCGCUAAAGAUAUUGCCAGGGGCAUUCUGGAGAAGAAACUGGCAGCCAGUGUGAAUAUUAUGCCAAAAAGCUCAUCGCUGUACAUCUGGAAAGGAGAAAUAGAAGAGUCUACUGAGGUACUUUUAAUAAUGAAAACCAGGACAGCAAAGAUAAACGAAUUAUCAGGAUAUAUCCGAUAUGUUCAUCCCUUUGAAACACCAGAUAUCCUGACAGUGCCAAUUGGUGAUGGAAACCCAGAUUAUUUCAGAUGGAUUGAAGACGUCAUGUCAGAGAAAUGAUCAUGGAUUGCGUGUCAGGACAUUCAUAACGGCUUCCUCAAGAAGUAUUAUGACUUUUCAGUUUGUAAUAUCUGAGUAAACGUCAGUAUUGUUAGCUACAGUUAAAUGUCAGAUCUGGAUGUCCUCAGGCAAUUCAAUGAAUAAUUAAUACCAAAAAGAUACUCCAGAUAUUCAGAAAAGAGGACAACCUAUACAGCUGGGACCAGGUCAAGUUGAUCAAUGUGGGCAAGAAGAGAAAGUGAUUCAGUAAAACAAGAUGCCGUUUGAGUACUCAGAAAAUUCAGGACAAAAUUGAAUGAAUGCAAGAAAAAAUAAAUAAAUAAUAACUUGGAUACAGUACAAAAGCUUACAAUAGACGUCUGAAAAGACAAAGAACAAGCAGACUAAAACAAAGCACGUAACCAGGAUGGGAUCCCUAAACAUGGUUGGUAAAGGUAUUUACACAUUUUGCACUUGUGCCUUAUACCACAUGGCAAUAAAAUAAUUUAAAAAAUA